ACAUGACCCAGUUCCAUACGCUCCGUUGGCGAGUGUAUUCUCUCCCACCACAGCGGACGAGGACGACUUGUCCGCGCACAAAAUACAAUAAUAUGACGGAUAUAGAGGAACGCCAGAGUUUAUUGGGAAACGUAAAUGGCGAAUCCGAAGCCGAGGAGCCCGGUAAACAAAUGUCGGCUAUCAGCGACCCCACUCGCCUGCUGCACAGAAUAGUUGUCCUUAUUUUUAUGUGCUUCCUUGGCUUCGGCAGCUACUUCUGCUAUGAUAACCCGGCUGCGCUCCAGACAGAUGUCGUCCAGGACAUGAACUUGAACACGUCCCAGUUCAUGCAGCUUUAUGCGUGGUACUCCUGGCCCAACGUAAUCCUCUGCUUUCUCGGAGGAUUUCUCCUUGAUAGAGUUUUUGGCAUCAGGCUUGGAACCAUCAUUUUCUCCCUUUUCGUCUGCGUUGGACAGGUGAUCUUUGCUGCUGGGGCUCUGUUGAAUCGCUUCUGGCUGAUGGAGGUUGGGCGGUUUGUCUUUGGAAUCGGAGGCGAGUCCCUGUCCGUGGCUCAGAACACUUACGCGGUCAACUGGUUCAAAGGGAAGGAGCUGAACCUGGUGUUUGGCCUCCAGCUCAGCAUGGCUCGACUGGGCAGUACAGUGAACAUGAACAUCAUGGGCUGGGUGUACAGCAGAGUGGCGGAUCUCAUCGGCUCCAAGGGGCCCAGUACGCUUGGAACUGCCCUCAUGAUAGCCUCAGUCACAUGCUUCUUCUCGUUGGUAUGUGCACUGGUGCUGGGCUACCUGGACCGGAGAGCAGAGAGGAUCCUGAAGAAGGAGCAGGGGAAAACAGGAGAGGUGAUCAAGCUAACCGACGUGAAGGACUUCCCCUUGUCACUUUGGCUCAUCUUCAUCAUCUGUGUGGGGUACUACGUGGCCAUCUUCCCCUUUAUCGGCCUCGGACAGGUUUUCUUCAUUGAAAAGUUCAACUUCUCUCCAGCUGAAGCAAGAGCGAUCAACAGUGUGGUGUACAUCAUCUCAGCCCCCGCGUCUCCCAUCCUGGGCUUUCUGGUAGACAAGACGGGCCGGAACGUGAUCUGGGUCAUGUGUGCCGUGGUCACCACGCUCGCCGCUCACAUGAUGCUGGCCUUCACCUUCUGGAACCCCUGGAUCGCCAUGUCUCUGCUGGGUGUGUCCUACUCCCUGCUGGCCUGUGCUCUAUGGCCCAUGGUGGCCUUCGUGGUGCCUGAUCAUCAACUGGGAACCGCCUACGGCUUCAUGCAGUCAAUCCAGAACCUGGGCCUGGCUCUGAUUUCCAUGGCAGCCGGGGCCAUCCUAGACAACAGAGGAUACCUAUUCCUGGAGGUCUUCUUCUGCGCCUGCAUCUGCAUCUCCCUGAUUGCUGUGGUUGUGCUGUACUUGGUGGACUUCCUUCAAGCCGGGGAGAUGAACCUGUCAGCUGCCGCCAGAGCCAGGCUCUACGAAGAAACCAGGCUCCAGGAGGAAGCCAGACUCCAGAAAGAAGCCCCUUCAGACUCGGAAUGAUGAAGAUGAGAGGGGAAGCACAUAAAAACACAAAUGGUCCUGGGCUUCGGAGCCAGCUCUCUGCACUGCCCCCUCCCCUUAGCACCAGAGCUGUCAAUCAACUGCGAAGAGGGCAGGAUUGACUCCGCCCCCAGUGCUGUGGUUUGUGGCUCCUCCCACCAGGACUCUGACUGUCGGCCCCAUGGGGAUGAAGGACACGGUGAUGUGGGGGUGGUGAUUUUAAUCACAGCAAAUCUUACUCUGACAACACACUGACACAUCCCUGCCCAGUGUCCGCUCACCUGGUGUGGGAUAGCACUGGAGCCUACCUACCCCUGUGUGUGUGUGUGUGUGUGUGUGUGUGUGUGUGUGUGUGUGUGUGUGUGUGUGUGUGUGUGUGUGUGUGUGUGUGUGUGUGUGUGUGCGCGCUUGCCCGCGCAUUUGGUUGGUUAGUUUAUUUUUAAUUCUACGAUAAGUGAAUACUAUUCCACACGUCUUCAUGCAGACUAGGUCACUGAAUGUGUUUCUGAUGGAACAGGGGCUAAUUAUCCCGGUACUUUUAAUUAAUAUGUUAUUUUGAUUGUAUUUCAAUCGGGUUUCCUGUGGUGAGUUUUAAUUCAUUCAUAUCAAUUUUGCCAAAACAGACUUUUUAACUCAGUAAGUUGACAUAUCAUAUGUCAGCAGUAACAAUAACUGCAGACAAAAAUCCCAGUGCCUUUUAUGAUGAACUACUUUAUGUUCAGUGUUAAUAAUAUGCCUCAUUGACCUUUAUAGCCAGUAUUCUUGAAAAUAACAUUUAUUGCUUUCAUUUCUUCUCUUUCUGCCCUCUCUGCUAGCCUUGGAGGUUCAUAAAAGUUAAUUUCCUGUCACCUCAUCAAAUCAAAUAUUACUUGAAUGAUCCAGAGGAUCAGAAUAGCGAGAGAGACCAUAGCACUUGUCAGUGUAGUGGCCUCAUGUUGGUGCUCCUAACAUUUUGUGGCAAUAUAAGUAGUGGUGAGGGAUGUUUUACGUUGUUCUAAAGCUUGUUAAGCUUGUUCUUUACAAACCAUAUGAUUGAGUCUUGUUUACGUUUUCAUUGUGAUAUAUAAUGACACGAAUUGGGAUCUAAUUGUUUGCAGGGUAAUUUGAAGAUAUUAGGUGUUAAACCACUUUUGAAAGUAACACACCUCAAUCAGUCGGCACAUUACCAUGAGGGUUAUUAAUUAGCAUGAGUUCGGUAACGAUAACCAAUAUUGUAAAGGGUUAGGGUUAGUAAAGCAUAUAGGUUAGGGGAAGUGUUAACCCUAACCCUUUUAAAAAAUGUAUAAAUGAAUCCAUUUCUUAACUUGAACACUGUUAGUAAACAUGAACAACCUCAGUAAAUGAUUACUAAUGCUAAAUGAACAUUGGUUAAAUGUUCAUUUAGCAUUAGUUAAUGCUUAUUACUGCAUUAACUAAUUUUAAUUAAUGGAAAAUGAAUGAAGCGGUACCAGUUACGAUCAGUCCUUACGGUGAGCGAAUGCAUUUGAUCUUGUUUGUUCAGGUGAACCUGCACGGAUAGGUUAAAAAACGUAUAAAAACACGUAGGCUUAUCAACUGUUUGAUAUGGCUGAGGUCCAUUUCUGUUUCCUAUGUUUUUAUUAUUGUUGUCAACCUUCAACAGUUGUCAGUUUCCAAGAAAUGAGAAUGGUCCUCCAUAGAAUUGUCGAAUUGUAUAACAUUUCCAAAAAAAUAAAUGAAAUGAAACACA